AUGGCCAAGAUCAAGGUUUACUGCAACGAGGAUCUGCCAUACGGACAGCCAACACCAAUCGUCAUAACUUUGGAAACGCUUCCAGUUAAGAACUCCAUAACCUUGCACCUCAGCACGCCCAGCUAUUUGUUGGCCUAUUUGGAGGUGGGAUCUAAAGUUCAAAGGGAAAUGCCGCCCAAAUUCGAAAGAACCUCCUCAAUCAGUGGAAAUCUUUCUACUCUGGGAAUCAAGACGAAAAUGAAGCCCGCAUAUGACAAAUAUUCCCUGGGAUUCCCCCCCUCCUACGAGAUGUGGAGAAACCUCGUUGUCUUGACAAUUGAGGGUCAAGUGGACGAUUAUACUUUCGCAGCUCGAUGCUAUCUGAAAGUGAUUAUGGGCGGGGUGGAAGCUGUAAUUACUGGAGGCUCAAGUAGAAGAGCUCAGAGUAACCAAAUCUUGUGGCUGAACGGCUCCCUGAGUAAGGAUCUCUCAAAAACAAGUACAGACAUUCAGUUUUCCUCGUAUCGUUGGAGCUGCCAUUCGUUUGACGAUAAGGACAACCCAGUUUGUCGGCGAAGCAUAUCUAAAGAGGCGGUGUUUAGUAUUCCAGAAUUUUCCUUUAAAACUGAUUGCAGAUAUAUUUUUACAUUGAAGGUCUCUAGGGAUGAUGAUCCAAAAGUUACAUCGAAAAAGUUUCAAGCAAUCACCAUGACAGACUCCGAAGUGUUGGACAUCACUAUCGAAUGCAUAUGGAACUGCCGAAUGGACCUUAUAUCGCCAAGAUCGGAUGUUCAUCUCAGAGCUAAAUGCACCAAUUGUUUCGGCAAGAAUCUAAAGUACAAAUGGUAUGUUGGAGGCAAGAUACCACUAACUUCGAAAGAGUUGGCUGUUUAUAUAGGAUCUGCAUCGAACAAAACCCAAAUAAAACUAGUGGUUUCCGCGGCAGAUGGAAGUUAUGGCAGGAAUGUAAGGACCUUAAUAAGUAAUCCUGGUCCAUCCCAAGGGAAGUGUUUCGUAAGCCCAACGGAAGGACAGGAGGCACUCACUCCAUUUAUUCCCUGCUGCCAGAACUUUUACACCUUAAAUAAUCCCAUUGAAUACUGGUACUACGCAGGACCUGUUUUGCUGGACAGUUGCUUCGAUUGCAGUUGCGAAGUUCACUUGCCCAUCACCAAAUACAUAAAGGUACUGGUCUGCGAUGUUGUCCUGGUGUGUCGACCCAGUUGGAUAAGGGUUAAUGUCACGGCCCUGAAUAAUACUCCAGUUCACCCUCCGAUCGAUCUGUGGAAUUAUAUCACCAACGCCCCGCACAAUAUCCUGAAUCUUCCUGAAGAAGGACUCUUUCUCAGAUACUUCCAAACGAUUCAGUCUAUGGCAAAUCGAGUUAGUGAAGUGGACUCGGCCAUAGUACUUUUGAGCUGCCUCAAAGGAUAUACUUCGUAUUCCCGGGAAUCACUUGGGAAGUUGGCCAACUUAACGCUUACUCUGGCUAACCGAUUACAACCUUUCAAUUUGAAAAAACAAGCCGUUCUCACCUAUGUGGUUCGUAAAAUUAAUAAUAAUUUCCAGGAAAUAUUGGAAAACGAUAAUAUAAGAUCCGUACUAGCGGAACAGCCGUUGAUCAACACAACCCGAGCCUGCCUGAAGGUCUAUGAAAUUAUGAAAACGUUGUCCAAGUUAACGCCUCCUCCUCCAACGCCUAUUUACCAUAAAUAUCGUAGAGCUCGAUUGGCUGGCAAACUGGAGCAGAAACUUAUAGAUAAUCUGGCUAUUGAAAUUAAAAAACUGAACGUUGCCUCAAUGUCUUUUGAAUGGCUUAAUUGGCUCAAAACAACAUGGGAAACAGAUCGUCUGCAUAGUUACCUGGGAUAUGCUCGUAGCCGAGAUGUCAGAAUGGAAUUCGAUGAUCACGAUGUAGUCAUUCAAAACUUUCAUCCCUCCAUAUCCUUGAGCGUAAACUGUCUCCUCGGUGUGCCUAAUGAUUCUUUUCAUAUUCAUACUGACGAUGGCUACCAAACGGUUUAUUUUACCCCGGAACUCCUCGAACAAUUUUGGUAUUCAGAUGAUAUUCCACUGUGCAUCAAGAUAAUAUCGGUCAAACGUAGACUCAAAUGGUGGUAUCCCACAGAGCGAAUGCCGAGCUUUGUUCUUCUCAGUGUCCGGAUUUAUCAAUUAAAUGACUCGUUCAAACAUGAGAUUGAUCUCAAAAGAAGCACAUUAAGCUUCAGACAAGUUCUGCCCGAAAUCAUUGAGUUCGAGGCUUUGGUAGACGAGCCUCUUCGAAAAAUAGUUAAAAAAGGCCCUGAUAGGGAAUUGAGGGAGGAAGGCCACUUAUCGCAUACAGACGACCAGGCUGGCAUCUAUGUGAACUUUAUGAAGAAGGUGACCCUCAAAAACCUGAAAGAUGUGCGAAUCUAUCGAACCUUGCUGGACAAGCAUACCAUGUUGGCGGUGCAUUUUAUUUCGACCACACAUCCCCUUCAGGUAAUGUUGAGCCUGGAGAAGCAGCCUCUGUUUUCCCAACUCUCCAAGUCAUCCUGCUUUAUUCCGAUCUCUAAAAAAUGUAAAGUAGUUUUACUGCGAAAUAAGUGCCCGCAGGCUAUGCGUGCUUAUGUGGCAAUACAAGUGGUCCAAAAUUCGUCAUCCGGCGCUAAAACCCGUGCUAGGGACGUGAAAUUUGACUUUGCCUUUCAGUUAAGAUUUUGUGAAGAUUGGAUAUAUAGUAUGCCCCCAGAUAAACAGCAUUGGAGCGAUUUAAACUGUAUUCCAGGUAUGGAAAAAGAUGUUAAGAUGGGCCUGUACUGCUCCUGCAAAAUGCUCGGGACAUAUACGGCUUUCACAUAUUUUAUUCCACCCGUUUGGAUACCCGUGAACCCCUUCCUUGAAAUCAAACCGAAUUAUAUCCUUAUUGCAUCCUAUCUGUUAAUUUUGAUAGCCCUAGUCGCAUGGAUAAUUUGGAUUAUAGACAAUCGCAAUCAUCUGCCCAAUAAAGCGGUCUUCCAUCGAUUGGUAGAAGUCGACGACGAGGCAUUAAAAUCGCGCAAAGUACACGAUUUUUGGGUCCUUAUCAAGACGGGCGGAAGGAUCAAUGCGGAGACCACGGCAUCGAUAUAUAUAACAUUCCAGAGCAGAUACGGUCAUAGGAUAAAAAUGACUCAGGAUCCAGAGCACAUACGCUUUCAGCGAAAUACGACUAAUACACUGUGGCUAAAAUCGCGCGACAUUCGAAUACCCACGAAGCUCUUCGUUUCCCACGACAACCACGGACGUUUUCCGAGCUGGUUUCUGCGCCGAAUCGAGGUGAACGAUAUCCAGACCGGGCAAUCUCAGGUCUUCAUCGCCCGUCGGUGGAUCACGAGGAAUCAUGGAAUUUUCCUGCAAUCGGAUUUGAUAUUCAAUCGAGGCGAUUAUCGGUAUAUCGGAACCUGGAGACUACGAUUCAAAGUGCUCUUCGAAAUGAUGUGGAGCAACUGGUCCCUUUGGCACCCAAUCACCGCCAACUGGCGGGACACCAAUUACUAUCCGAACAUAUCCCGGGCCAAACGAGUCUGCAUUUUCGUAAGCAAGAUCCUGGUCACCUUCACCAUAUGUGUCUGCUACUUCGGCUUGACAACCAAGCAAAGCCUCCAACUAAUACGUUCCCAAAUUAUUGCCUUAGAAGAUAUCAUGAAGCUGAGUUUAAUCUGUGGUUUGGUUGACACAAUUUUGCAGAUUUCCAUGGAACGAAUUAUCCGCAGUUUUGGAUAG